AUGAAAUUGGGAUUUUAUAUUCUAAUUAUUCUGGCUUUGAAUGUGCUCUCGAUUUUUGCGGCUUAUGAAAAUCCGCAAUGUCCAGAACCAGCAAAAAACGAUAAAUUAACAUCACCGGAUAAAGUUCUAAUUCUUUUUGUAAUUGGAUUUAGUAAUGAUGGAAUUGAUGUAAGUAAAUUAAAUGUAAUAUAUUAAAAUUUAUCAAAACUGUCCUUUAUAGAAGAAUAACAUCGCUUAUUUAUUGAAACAGCUGGCUUGUUCGAUUCCAACAAAUCCGAACAUCGAAUCUGGUGCUUUCCAUACUUUCAAUAAUGACACUUAUACAAAUGGAAAUACGAAUGUAAAGACAACAUGGAAAAAUUUGGAGGAUAUCUUUAAUGAGCCGAAUUCAGCUACAACUUGUGCGAAGUUCGGAAUUGGUCUUGACUUUUUAAAAACAUAUCAAUUCACCGCCAGUAAGAUCAAAUUGAUAUUUCAUGAUGGUUUAAUGACUGGAUCAACCAAUUGUGAUCAUAAGAAGAUAUUCAAAGAUAAACAAUUCAACCCAAAGUUUGAAUUGUACCAAAUCAAGUUUUCGGCUGGUAAUGAUCCAAACACAAUGUACUAUCCAACCGUUUCCUCUAUCAAAACAGGAAGUAAGUAUUUUUUUCAGGUUUAAGAGACGUUUUUUGCAAAAAGGUGAAUUUUAUUGAAAGGGCUCGGACAACAAAAAAGGUCGUAAUUUUAGAAUCGGCUCAAAUUUUUUUCUUGAUCUAUGGAUGCAUGGUGAACAUUUUCCACCAUAUAAUUUUUCAUAAAAACGUUCCACCAAUUUGGUGGAGGGGGGUGAACACGAAAAAGGGCAAUUUUUCAAAAAAUCAAAAGUCAGCUUAAAAUUCAUAAUUUUUAAUGAUCAAAAAAGGAUUUUGUAGCUCUUGAGACGCUCUAUAAGCCUGAAUUAACGGAAUUUCAAAAAACUCAGAGGCAAAAUAGAAAAAUUGAGGAAAAAACUUUGACGCCAAUUUUCACCCUUUAAACGCAAUUUCCGCGAUUUCUCACUCGAUCCAUUAGAUCCGCCUUGCAAUUUUACGUCGGAAUAGUCGAUAAAAAUGGAAAAAAGGGGGACCCCCAGAAAAGUUUUGUAUCAGUUUUUAACUUCCACUCACGCGCACAACACACAUUUACCACCUACACACAUGUGUGUUGUCUGCAUAGGCGCUUGAAACAAACACAAUUACUGUAAUUUUUAUUUAUUUUUUAUUUUUUGAGUAAAAAUUAAGAAAACUUCAAUGUUUUAUCAAAAAUUCAGACGUAUAACAAUGUUCUAAUAAAGCGUAGAACGACCAUUAUUCAUUCCGAUAAAACAUUUGUUUUUUAUAGACUUUUUCAUCAAAACUAUCUAGAUUUUGUUAUUUUUAUUCAUUUUCUCAGUUAGUUUAAAAUAAUUCCUAGAACCAAGUGUGGCGGCAGCCAUGGUGAUAGACACGCCCCUUCGAGACCACGCCCACAAGUGGGGUCGUAAAGUAGGAAGGAAGAGACGGCAGUCUAUAAUUGCAAGCUAGUACUCAACUAUUCGUACUCAUCACCGGUCCUGAUAAGAAGCGCGCGACGACGACACGGUAGACUGUGGAAGCCGAAGAUCAGGAAGUAAGUCAGGGGAUCAUUAGUAAUUAGGUGUGACGAUAGAAGUCACUCAGUGUUCGGGAUAGAACAUUGUGUCGUAGACGACAUUUGGUGCAUCGGACCGAGUCUUAACAGUUCUCGGGCAACUAAUUAUUGUGAAAAGGCGACUACCAGUCAUCCCAGGCAGUAGUCAGGUAAGUCACCGCGUUAGUGCUUGUGGCAGGAGUGCAAACGUGGGCUCUUCGUUGGAGGAGUUUUUUGGGAUAUUUUGGGCCCCUGGGAAAAUUUCCUGUGUGAAGCUAGCUCACCAGGAAGACCGUCGAAAGACAAAGACCGUCGACAGAAGCGAGAAAUCGUUUUUGAAAAGACAUAUCGCACAGCGAGCCCUAAAGAGGCGCCCUAAAGAGGCUUAUAAAAAACAGAUCGCACAGCGAGCCCUAAAGAGGCGCCCUAAAGAGGCUUAUAAAAAACAGAUCGCACAGCGAGCCCUAAAGAGGCGCCCUAAAGAGGCUUAUAAAAACAGAUCGCACAGCGAGCCCUAAAGAGGCAUAAAUAAAUAAUCAAAGUUCAAUAAAGAACUAAAUUGUUAAUCAAGUAUAUUUAAUCAUCUAGUUAUAAUAAUCAUCUAUUUUCAAAUAUUUAUUCAAUAUAUAAUUUAAUCAAUCAGAAAAAAUCAAAAAACCAAAAACAAAGAAAAACCUAAAAAUCCAAAAAACAAGAUAUUUAUUAAAGAAGAUAAUAAACAGAAAAAUAAGAAAAAUUAAAAAUGGCAAACGUUUUGAUCAAUGAACUUUUGCUCCAAAAUCGACAUGAAGAAACCAGCACAAAAUCGAGACUGAAAAACCUUUUGAACGAUAUUUAUAAUAAAUACAAAAAAGAAAUGAAAUGGGAUGGUACUAAAGAAGAGAUUAAGGAAAAUCUAGAAAUGAAUUAUGAAUUGCAAAAAGCUGAUAUUCUAGAAAUAAAACAAGAGUUCUCGAAACUGAAAAAAGUAAACCAAAAUAUAUUUAAGUUAUCCGAGUUACAAGGAUCUGAAAUAACCAGAGAAAAAGUUAAAGAAUUAUUGGAAAUUAGUUAUGAGGGAAUCCAAGAAAUGUCGGAUUAUGCAGAGAAAAAACUGGAAAUUGUAAGAAUAAGACAUAAAGAACUUUUGAAAGCUUUUGAAAAAAAUGAAGGAAAAAAUGGAGAAGAAUUGCAGGAAUUAGACAUAGAUAUACAAUCAAAAAUGAAAGAAGGAGAUGUAGAAAACUUGUUUGAAGAAUUGAAAAAAGCAGAAGCUGAAGAAGGUAUUCAAAAUGACACAAAAGAGAAAUUGGAAAACAUAAUGAAAUCACAAAAUGUGGUAAAGACCGAAGAAAAAACUGAAAAAGAAGAUGAAAAAGACAUGAAAAAUAUAGUUGAGAAAAUGACAGAAUUAGAAAAAAUGAUGAAAAAUGCAGGCGAAAAGAAUGAAAGCUGGAACACAGCUAACUUCCUGAUGAAGCACGAAAUGAUUGAUAUUCAAAAAUAUUCUGGAGAACAAGAAGGAUUUAGCACAUUCAUCGAAAUGUUUGAAUCACUUAUUCAUAAAGAUAAAAGUUUACCAAAUGUUGUGAAACAAGGAGCUCUGAAAGCGUUAACCGGAGGAAAAGCGAGAGACCAAGUUUCACGUUUUCCGGAUGACGGAACUCAAUAUGAAGAGUGUGUUGAAAUGUUAAAAAAGGUGUUCGGAAAUCUAAAUUAUCAGUAUGUAGCUAUCUGGAAUAAUAUUAAAAACAUGAAAGCAGCUAAACCAGAAAUUUCAAGCUGUCGAGAAGUUUUCAAUGAAAUAAUCAUUUUGAUCCUCAGAAUGGAAAGAUUAGGUAUCGAAACAAAUCAACUUCCAUAUAUGGCUGAAAUAAAAUCCAAAUUCCCAGCUCAUGUGAUUAGAGAACUGAUUAAAAAGGAGAGAUCCUUGGAAAAUCAGAGAUUCAAUUCAUUGCAAGAAAUGAUGAAAAUCAUCGAAAAUUACAUUACAAUGCAAGAGGAAAUUGAAAUUACUACAAAAACACAUGGUACCGUAUCCUUGGCAGAAGAGUUGUCAAAUUUGAAAGUUGAGACAAAAGAAGAUUUACAACCAAGUUGGAAAGAAAAAGGAUCAUAUUACAAAGAUAAUGGAAGUUAUUAUAAACAAAAAGGUCAACCAGAUGUGAAAUUUGAAAGAAAAGAAUAUAAAAAUGACAGAAAUACAAGAUGGGAUAAAUCAAAAGAGAGAGGUCAAAAUAGAGACAAAACAGAUGUUAGAAGAGACCAGACACCAUAUCGGAGAAAAUAUGAUAAUGAAGAAAAGGGACCAGAAAGAAAUAGAAGCCAAUCAAGAGAUGGGUAUAAAAAUAGAUCAAGAGAUGAUUAUAGAAAUAGAUCAAGGGACAAUUAUAGAGAUAGAUCAAGAGAUUACAAGAGCCAAGAAAGAUUUAGAGAAAGAAGUAGAGGUAGAAGUUUCAGCAGAGGGAGAAGAGAAGAAAACGAUAGAUUCAGAAGUAGAUCAAAAGAUUAUAGAAAGUAUGAAAGUAGAAGCAGAUCCAGAAAUGAGAGAGAUAAUAGAUAUUAUAGAAGAGGAUCAAGAUCAGUAGAAGGAAAUAGAAGAAGCUAUUCAGGAAAGAGAGAUAAUGGAAAUGAUAGAAAUCAAGAUAGAUAUGUAAGAACUAGACAAUACGCAACAUCAACUUGGGGAAGUAAUUUAUUAACAGCUAGAUUGAAGAUAAUGAUAGAAGACAAAGCUAGAUUUGCAACAGUGUUUUUGGACACCGGAAGUGAUUGUUCAUUUAUCGUGCAAAAGAUGGCUAAGAAUUUGAAAGUGGUGAAGAAAGAUUGUAAACUUCGAAUAAAUCAUUUUGGAAAUAACGUGACAGAAAGAGUAUGUGAUAAAGUGGAGGUAAUAAUAAGAACAAAAGCGGGAAAUGUAAGAAUUGAAGCAUAUGUAAUUGAUUAUAUAACAGGUAAAGGAAAGAACGUAGAGAUAUCAGAGGCCGAUAGAAAAGAGUUGAAGAAAAAGGGUAUUGAAGAUUUCCAAAAUAAGGGAAUGUUUGAACCAGAUAUAUUGAUUGGAUUAGAUUAUUUCUUCGAUAUUAUUGAUAAUAAAAUGAAAGGAACGAAAUUACCAUCUGGAAUGCAUCUAGUAGAAACACCAAUUGGAAAUAUGAUUUGCGGGAAAGCAUCAGAUAAAGAAAAAAAUAGUGAAAACUCAGUGUUUAUAACAAAUAUUGAAGAAGAAGAAGCUUUAGAAAGUAUGUUUUUCUUAGAAGAAACUCAUAAAAAAGAAUUAGGAUAUAAUGAUGAAGUAAUUCUGGAAGAGUUUGAAAAAAGUGUGAAAAUUACGGAUAAAGGGAUAGAAGUUGGAUGGCCAUGGAAACCAAAUGGAAAGGAAAUGUUAAAAGAUAAUAGAGAAAUUUCAUACAGAAGAUUGGUAAAACUGAGAGAAACUAAGAAUGGAUUAGAAAAAAUGAGAAAAAUUGAAAAGACAUUACAAGAGCAUCUUAAAGCUGGAUACAUUGAAGAGAUAACAAUGGAUGAAAUAGAAAAAUCGGGAAAUCCAUGUUAUUUCAUGCCUGUACAGGUGGUAACUAAUGAAAAUUCAGAAACUACAAGAGAUAGAGUAGUAUUUGAUGGAUCAAGUUCAAAAAAGAACGAGAAAUCGUUAAAUGCAGUUUUAGCACAAGGUCCAGUAAAGGUACCAGAAGUUCAAAGAAUUUUGCUAAAGGCAAAAACAUCGAAUAAAGUGUUAUCGAGCGAUAUUGAAAAAGCGUACCAUCAGAUUUGGCUAAAAGAAGAAGAUAGAAAUACAACUUGUUUCUUUUUUGCAAGAGACAUCGAAAAACCAAUAACAAAAAAUAAUAUAGUAAUCUAUAGAUUUACAAGAAUACCAUUUGGAAUUAUAUCAUCACCAUUCUUGCUAAUGGAAGCAAUUAAAUUUUUUGCUAAUAAAAAGUGUAAAAAUGAGCAUGUAAUGAAUGCGAUAAAUAAAUCAAUGUAUGUAGAUAAUUUAUUCAUUUUUCUGAAUGAUGUAAAAGAGCUAAAAGAUAUUUGUGAGUAUUCGAAAGACUUCUUUUCGAAAUUAAAAAUGAAUUUAAGAGAAUAUUGGAUAAACGGUGAAGACUUAACAAAAAUAUUGAAACCAGAAGAUGUAUCAAAAUCUGGUGAAAAUCAAAAGAUAUUGGGUUACAAAUGGUCAACUACAAAAGACACAUUUAAAGUGAAACAACCAAGAAAGUUAAAAGAAAAUAUUCUAUCGAAAAGAGAAGCAAUGGGGUACUUGGGAAGUAUCUUUGACCCUUUGGGAACUCAUUCACCUUUGACAACUGAAGGAAAAUUAUUAAUUCCGAAAGUUUUCGAAGCAAAAGGUGAUUGGAGUACAAAGAUUACAAAAGAGACAUAUGAUCUUAUAAAAAAGUAUGAUGAAAGAAUAAGAAAAUGUGAGAUGGAGACGAAAAGAAUUGAAGUCCAAUUUUCACAAAAUCAAGAAUAUGAGUUACAUGUUUUUACAGAUGCAUCAGAAUUUAUCUAUGGUGCAUGUGCAUACUUAAUAAUUAAUGAGAAUGGAAAACGAAUGAUACAGUUAUUAGCUUCUAAGCAAAGAUUAGCAGGAAAGAAAAAUGCUGUGACAAUUCCAAAAUUGGAAUUAGCAGGCAUAACACUCGGAAGUACAUUAGCGGACCAAAUAAUUGAUCAAAUAGAUUUAAAAAUAAAGAAAUGCACAAUUCAUUCAGAUAGCAUGAUUGCAUUAUGUUGGAUAAAUAAUAAUGAAAAGAAACAGGUAUAUGUAGAAAACAGGUGCAAAGAAAUCAAGAAGAUAAUUAGAAAGUUAGAGAAAAAAGGCAUGAAGUGCGAAUUAAGGCAUGUAAGAACAGAAGAUAACCCAGCAGACUUAAUAACAAGAGGUGUGGAGACAGCAGAAGAGCUCAAGAGAUCAAUUUGGUUUUAUGGACCAAAAUGGUUAAAAGAUAGCGAAAAAUCGUGGAAAACAGAAUUAAUUGUAAAAAUUGAUAAAGAAGAGGUAGUUAAUGUGAAUUUGAUUGAGCAGGAGAAAAGUAGAUUGGAGUUAGAUUUCACAAAUUCAUGGAAGAAAGCAAAAAAUGUUUUUGCAUUUGUAUUGAAAUUCCUAAAAAUAAAAGUAUAUGAGAAAGUAGGAAAUGAGUCAAAAAAGAAAAUAUUAGAAAAUAUUCCAGAAAUUGAAGGAAUGUCAACUGAAAAGAAGUUGAAACUGAACGAUGUGAAGAAUUCAGAGAAAAUGAUAUUGAGAUUGCAUCAAAUUGAUGAAAAAAUAAUAGAGAAUCAAAAGAGAGGUCUGUUGAAAAAAGAAAACUUGGUAUGCAGAAAGACUAGAUUAGAAAAUGCCCUAGACGGCGAAACACUAAAAUUUUUAAGAGUAAUAAAACCUAAUUCAAAACUAGGAAAAAUGAUAAUUUCACAAUUACAUGAAAUGUAUGGACAUUCAGGAGUAAAUACAACAAUGGGGUUCGUAAAUGAAAAAUUUUAUGGAAAUAAUUUGAGAAGAGCAGUGAAAAAUGUGCUAAAAAGUUGUGUAAAAUGUAGAAAAAUGAAUAAUCGACCGUAUGAAUACCCUGAAGCUCCAAAUUUACCGAAAGAUAGAGUAACUGCAUCAACAAGAGCAUUUGAAAAUAGUGCUGUUGAUUUUUGUGGACCUUUUAAAGUAAGACAAGGAAAUGAAUUGAUAAAAACAUAUAUAGCAGUAUUCACAUGUUUAAGCUCAAGAGCGGUACAUUUAGAAGUAACACAAACUGUAUCAACAGAUGAAUUUUUGUUAGCAUUUUCAAGAUUUAUGAGUAGAAGAGGAACUCCAAAAAGAAUGAGAUCAGAUAAUGGAGCAAGUUUUGUUUUAACAAACAAAAUAUUGAAAUCAGAAAAAGACGUAGUAAAAUUAAAUCAAGCAAUGAAUAGAGAAAAUAUAGAAUGGAUUUUCAAUUGUCCACUUGCACCUUGGCAAGGCGGCGUAUUUGAAAGAAUGGUACAAAUUGUGAAAAAGGCAUUGAUACAGUCAAUGGGAAAGAAUGUUGUGAAUUACGUUAAUUUUGAAACAGUGGUAGUUAAUGUUGAAAGGAUAAUAAAUGAAAGACCGAUUACGGUAGUGUCAAAUGAUGAAAAAAGUGAUGUAUGGACAAAUAUUCUAAGACCAGCGCAAUUAAUUUGUCCAAAAUGGAACCAUAUAGAAUAUGAUCCAAAGAAUUUUGAUAAAGAAUAUGACCAGUAUACAGAAAGUUAUAGAGAAUGUGAAAAAUAUGUAUCAAAGUUUUGGAAAGUAUGGAGUAGGGACUAUGUUCUGAACAAUGAAUAUUUUAAGAAAACAGUAAAGCAAAAAGGAGCAAGUCAUGCUGAAAAGAUACCCGAAAAAGGGGAAAUUGUGCUAAUUAAAGAUGAAAUGAGAAAGAGAAAAGAUUGGAGAUUAGGAAAAAUUGAAGAAGUAGUAAUUUCAAGAGAUAAAGUUGUUAGAUCAGCCACAGUAAGAACACAUUCCAACAAAGGUCCCCAAAUAAUAAAAAGACCAAUUAAUAAAUUGAUACCAUUAGAAAUACGAUAUGUGGAAAACAAUUCGGUAACAGAUCAACAGAAGGUGCGAAGUACUACGGGUUGCGCAAUGGCGAAAGGAAUAGUAAUGACAUUGAUGGCGCUAAGUAUACUUAGACCAACAGAUGCAGUACUUUACAAAGAUGUAUUUAAGUACAUGUACACAGGGAAAUCUUGACUGAUCCAUAAUGGAUAUAAAAAAAUAUUGCAUACUAAUAGCAAACAAUUUGUAUCCCUUAAAAUUAAACGCGAGAAAAAAUGCAUUCUUUAUGAGAAUAAAAAUGCAUCCAUUAUUUUUCUUUGAGAAUUUUGAGAAGUAUAAUGCAUCCAUUUUUAGAUGGCCGUGGAAGAGAAAUCCACAUGGGCGUCUUCUUCCAAUUAAUUUUUCAUUUUCGAAAUUAUUGUGUUUUUUCGGCGUUUUUCUAUGUUUUUCAUGUUUUAUUUUGUUUUUUGUGCCUCAGAGAUUCGCUGGCCAGCUGGCUACUAGGUGGGAUCGACUACCAAUCUAAAAUUGACAUGGACAACCACAUGGCCCGGGUUUUUUUGCAAGACGACGUGGCCGUAAGUUCGGACAGUUCAUACAGCCCACAUCGCCCAGGUUGUCCACCUCGAGCCGACCUCGCGUGAGAGAAAAAAUUCCGAAAAACUUGUGAUUUGGAGCAUUUUUUAAAAAUAUGACUUAUUUUCUGUUUUUCAUGAGUAUUUCAAACCAUUAGAUGAGAAAAAACAGAAAAAAUGACUGUUGUGAAUUCAAGCAGCCUUUCUGGGUGACAAAGAUUUGAGACCACGUCGCCUGAAAAUGCAAGGCGACCUGGUUGCCGAAUCGUAUUGAUCAAUCAAAUUCAGUCCUUUUUGAACUUUCUGGCCACGUGAUCUUGAUCUAGUGGUGAGCUGGCCAGCGAAUCUCUGAGGCAUGAUAAAACUGCGUAAUAUUGAGUGUUUUGAUUUGAGCUGUAGAUAUUGGUUCACUCCGCUUUCGUUUUUUCUUGUUUUGACCUUUCUCUCUAGUAAUCUAUUUUUGUUGUGAAUGUCUGUGGCCACAGGUGGAGGGAGAUUGCCCAAUCUUUGGUCAAACUCGUACCAAUCGGGUUUUUGGUCAAAAAUUGACCAAUUUCUAAACAAAAAUUAUUCAAGUUUGGGCCAAAUUUUGACCAAAAACCUCUCUCCACCUGUGGGUGUGUUCAAUUGAGUUUUCGUGAUUGUGUGAUUUGUUCAUUGUUGCGUUCUUAUUUUCUUUCGCUUUUUUCACUAUAUUUCUACGAUCCCUUCAGCUCUGCUACGCUAUUAAUUUUGAUUUUUCAGCAUCAGGUUUGAACAUAAAUGCCUCCAAAAACUCGUGGGUCUGCCGCGAAGCAACGAUGGUACAUUUUUUUCAAAAAAGCGGUUCGUUUCAAAAUCUAAACCCAAUUUCAAUUUAUUUGAUUUCAGUCUUCUCGAAAUCCUGAACCCCCGCCGCAUGACUUACUGGAUGUCAGUCAUCAGAAUGGUGAGCCACUACCAAGGAAGCCACCGACGAAGUCAAUCAAUGUGCGCACUUACUAGAGUGAGUUUUUUGCUCCCUGGAGGUUUUCAAUUAUACAUAUAUGUUGCUGUACAGUUUUUGUUUUUGCUGCGGGACUCUCCAAAGAGCUUUUUCAGAAAUUCUCAAAUUUGGCUCAUUUUUGUACUGUCAGAGAGUCCUGCAGCAAAGACUUAAAGCGGAAUCUUUCUCCGCGUGAAAAACUCUGGAGACUGCUCACACAUCCCCCUGUGAGAAAUUGAAAAUUUUAAAUAAAAAAAAUUGAAACCUGUAGUGUAUCAUUUUUUAUUUACAGGGAUCAAAAAAGAGGACAAGUCCAAAAUGA